UUGCGGUGCUUCCCCGCUGUUUCCACGUAAUCUGUUCAUUUUGAACACAUUGGGGUUUUAUCUACGUAUAACUCUACUCUAACCACCUGUGUAGCCAACUCACUUGCUUUUCUUAAAGACGAUGCCUCGUCUCGAUCCUGUCCCUACCUCUCCUCCUCCUAACGCUCUAUGUUGCCCGGCGUGUCACAUGCUAGCUUACUCCCCAGCCUCCUUUAGUGGACAAGAUACUUGUAAUAAAUGCAGACGAAUAGCUAGCUUGGAGGCGAGGUUAGAUGAACUCGAGGGCCGCAUCCACACGCUGAAUCUGACUAGCAAACAGUUAGCGACAGAAUCCCCGGUAAGCUGUGUGGAUGCACCAGCCAUUAGAUCUACAGAUAGGCCUACAGAUAGCGUAACCAUGACAGCCCCCUCGCAGCAGGGGACUAGUCCCUGGGUGACUAUUCGGGGACAUAAAUCCAAACAGAGGCCCACUGCUAACCACCAACCCCUUCACGUUUCUAAUCGAUUCUCCCCUUUAGCUAGCCAAGAUAAACCUGCCUCUCUGGUAAUUGGCGCCUCUACUAUACGAUACGUGAAGCUAACGACUCCAUCGGUUAUAGUUAAUUCAAUAUCUGGGGCCAGAGCUAACGACAUCGAGUCAAAUUUGAAAGUGCUGGCUAAUGCUAAGCGUAAAUAUUCGAAAAUAGUCAUCCACACCGGCACCAACGAUGUCCGAUUGCGUCAAUCGGAGAUCACCAAGCAAAACUUUAUUUCCGUGUGCAGGUUCGCACAACAGAUGUCUGAUUCUGUAACUUUCUCUGGACCCAUACCCAUUAGAAGAGGUGACGAAAUGUUCAGCAGAAUUUCGGACCUCAACCGCUGGCUGUCAGAGUGGUGUGCCAAUAACAAUGUGGGCUUCAUUGAUAAUUUUAGCUCCUUCUUGGGGAAGCCUAGACUGUUGAAAAGAGACGGUAUCCACCCCACUCCGGAGGGUGCUGUUCUCCUUUCAAGGAACAUAGACCAUCAUCUAACCGAGGCUAGUUCCUGA